AGGACUUGUCUGGAAGCAAAGAACUGGAAGAAACAAGGGGGAGAGAAGAAGAGAACAUUUUUGAAAGAUCACUCAGCUUUCACACAUCUUGGCUGGGGCUGGAUAAAAAAAGUGGGAACUGCAAACCUCUAGAAGGAAACAUCAGAGAAAGAGAGAGGGGAGAUUUAUUCCAAGUUAUUUCCUGCUCCUUCAAAAUCUCUAACAAGGUGGCUAUGGUAUGGACGUGACCAAGAAAAACAAGCGAGAAGGCACUGAAGUCACCGAAAGAAUUGUCACCGAAACAGUAACUACAAGACUUACAUCCUUACCGCCAAAAGGGGGGACCAGCAAUGGCUAUGCUAAAACAGGCUCUCUCAGUGGAGGGAGCAGCAGGCUGGAGAAGCAGAGCCUGACCCAUGGCAGUAGCGGCUACUUGAACUCCACUGGAAGCACCCGGGGCAAUACCACCACCUCCAGUUACAGGAGGGCUCAUUCCCCUGCCUCCACCCUACCCAACUCACCAGGCUCAACCUUCGAAAGGAAAACUCGCAUCACCCGCCAUGGAACAUAUGAAGGGAGCUCCAGUGGCAACUCUUCUCCAGAGUAUCCUCGGAAGGAAUUAGCAUCUUCUUCAACCAGAGGACGAAGCCAAACACGAGAGAGUGAAAUCCGAGUGCGACUGCAGAGUGCGUCCCCAUCAACCCGAUGGACAGAACUGGAUGAAGUUAAACGUUUGCUCAAGGGGAGCCGAUCGGCAAGUGUGAGCCCCACCCGGAAUGCCUCCAGCACACUCCCCAUCCCUAAGAAAGGCACCGUGGAGACCAAAACCGUGACAGCGAGCUCCCAUUCAGUGUCUGGCACCUACGACACAGCCAUCCUGGAUGCCAACCUCCCCUCCCACAUGUGGUCCUCCACCUUACCGGCGGGGUCCUCCAUGGGGACCUAUCACAACAACAUGGCAGCCCACAGCUCGUCCCUCCUCAACACCAACGCCUAUUCCACAGGGUCAGUAUUCGGAGUUCCCAACAACAUGGCGUCCUGCUCCCCGACUCUGCACCCUGGAAUCAGCACUGGCUCAGUGUUUGGCAUGCAGAACAAUCUGGCCCCCAGCUCUGCCACCCUGUCCCAUGGCGCGGCUACCACCUCCGCAGCGUAUGGUAUGAAGAAAAACAUCCCCCAGGGCCCUGCCACGGUGAGCACUGGUGUGUCCACCUCUGCCGCCUGUACCACAAGUGUCCAGAAUGAUGACCUUUUGCACAAGGACUGUAAAUUCCUGAUCCUCGAGAAAGAAAACGUGCCUGCCAAGAAGGAGGUGGAGCUGCUGAUCAUGAACAAGGACAGUGGAAAGGUCUUCACUGCCUCCCCUGCCAGCAUCGCUGCAACUUCCUUUUCAGAGGACACCCUGAAAAAGGAAAAGCAAGCUGCCUACACCGUUGACACCAACCUGAUCUCAGAAACUAAUGGAGACUUGAAGACGGUGUCCACCAAGGGCAAGACGGCCUCUGCAGAAAUGUAUGGCUACGACCGACAGAACGGUGUCAGUGGCGCUAAAGGUGGCGGCGGCAGAGGAGGUGUGGGCGGAGGUGUUGGCGGAGGUCCGUUGGCGGCGGCACCAGCCUGGUGCCCCUGCGGCUCCUGCUGCAGCUGGUGGAAGUGGCUGCUGGGCCUGCUGCUCACCUGGCUGCUGCUCCUGGGGCUGCUCUUCGGCCUCAUUGCUCUGGGGGAGGAGGUGAGGAAGCUGAAAGCUCGCGUGGAAGAGCUGGAGCGAAUGCGAAGCAGAAUGCAGCUGUAUGAGAAGAUGGAGAGGGGGAACACAGGCGAGCUGCAGGGGGAGGCGCCCAGCACAGGCACAGGCGUGGGCACGUCUGGCCUGAACGGCUACGGUCAGGAGGAGCUGUGGCAUUUCAUGAGGAAAAGGCUGAUGAUGGAACAGGAAAACGGCAACCUCCUAGGAAGCCCUGGCCCUAAAGGUGACAUGGGAAGUCAAGGCCCUAAAGGAGAUCGAGGGCUCCCUGGGACCCCAGGUAUCCCUGGGCUCUUGGGACACCAAGGUCCAGAAGGACCAAAGGGACAAAAAGGCAGCAUGGGAGAGCCUGGCUUGGAGGGACCUGUGGGCCAGAGAGGGCGCGAAGGCCCCAUGGGACCUCGUGGUGAACCAGGGCCACCUGGGUUUGGAGAGAAAGGGGAAAGAGGGCUUGCUGGUGAGGUGGGCGUUCCAGGCCCACCGGGUGUCCCAGGUUUUGUGGGUCCCAAAGGUGCCAGUGGUUCUCCUGGCCCACAGGGCCCACCAGGCCCUGUAGGUCUCCAAGGGCUCCGAGGUGAAGCAGGGAGCCCCGGGGUCAAAGGUGACAGAGGACCUAUGGGACCACCAGGGCCCAAAGGUGACCAGGGUGAGAAAGGACCCCGAGGCCUCACAGGUGAACCGGGCUUGAAAGGUCUGCCUGGUGCUAUGGGCGAGCCUGGAGCUAAAGGAGCAAUGGGACCGGCGGGCCCUGAUGGACACCAAGGCCCAAGAGGUGAACAAGGCCUCACAGGGAUGCCCGGAACCCGAGGCCCCCCAGGACCUUCGGGAGACCCAGGAAAGCCAGGCCUCACAGGACCCCCAGGACCUCCAGGACUUCCUGGAACUCCCGGCCAACCAGGGACUAAAGGUGAACCAGGAGCUGCAGGCAAGAUCAUCAGUGCAGAGGGGUCAUCGACUCUCACUGUCCCAGGUCCUCCAGGACCUCCUGGACCCAUGGGACCCCCAGGACCUCCAGGUAUCCCAGGCCCUAUUGGCCCAGCUGGUCUUCCAGGACAGCAAGGCCCACGAGGGGAGCGAGGACUCGCUGGGGAAUCGUUCGUCAGCAGCACCUCCAUCUCCGAGGUCCUCUCUGCUCAGGGUGUUGAUUUACGAGGUCCUCCAGGCCCACCUGGACCACCUGGGCCACCAGGGAAAGGCUUGCCAGGUCCACCAGGCCCACCAGGAUCUCUCCUGGCCAACUCAGAGAACUUCUUCUCCGGCCCUCCAGGCCCACCUGGUCCCCGAGGCCCUAAAGGUGACAGAGGUGAUCCCGGAUUCCCUGGCACUGCUGGUGGUCCCUCUCAAGGGGGAUCAUCAUCCAGCACCAUGUUCAUGCCGGGCCUGCCAGGCCCACCGGGGCCCCCUGGGCCUCCGGGCUCCAUCAGCAGCUCGGGCCUGGAGAUUCAGCAGUACAUCUCUGAGUACAUGCAGAGCGACAAUGUUAGGUCUUAUCUCUCUGGAGUUCAGGGUCCCCCAGGCCCUCCUGGGCCUCCCGGGCCUGUCACCACCAUCGGGGGUGAGACUUUCAACUACGCAGAGCUGGCAAGCCUCGUCGUGAGCUACCUACAGACUUCAGGGCACAGCAUCAGCUCGUCCGUCACUUCCGAAAACAUCUUGGCUGUGCUACAGCGUGAUGACAUGCGUCAGUAUCUACGUCAGUACCUCGUGGGACCCCCGGGGCCCCCAGGGCCACCAGGGCCACCAGGAGCCGGUGGAGAUUGGUCCCUCCAGUCUUUGGACUACACAGAGCUGAGCAAUCGCAUCCUCAGCUACAUGUCGAGUUCUGGAAUCAGCAUUGGUCUUCCUGGCCCCCCGGGCCCCCCCGGCUUGCCAGGAACAUCCUAUGAGGACCUCCUCUCCUUGCUCCAAGGAUCUGAAUUCAGAGGCAUCGUUGGGCCCCCAGGCCCCCCUGGGCCACCAGGGGUCCCAGGCAAUGCGUGGUCCAGCAUCAGCAUGGAGGAUCUCUCUUCUUACUUGCAUACUGCUGGCUUGUCCUCCAUCCCAGGCCCCCCAGGUCCUCCGGGCCCCCCAGGCCCUCGAGGGCCUCAGGGUGUCUCAGGAGCACUGGCAGCCCACGCGGCUGAGAACACCGACAGCUUCCGGAGUGAACUGAUCAGCUACCUGACGAGUCCUGAUGUGCGCAGCUUCAUCGUGGGCCCCCCAGGCCCUCCUGGGCCCCAGGGACCGCCUGGAGACAGCCGCCUGGGGUCCGCGGAUGGCUCCUACAGCCGGAGCAGCAGCUCUUCCCAGAGCUCGUCGGUCAGCCGGGACACGUCCUACAGCUCUUCCAUGGGCGUAGGGGGGUCCAGCGGCGGCUCCCUGGGUGAAGGGGGAGGCUUUGGUGCAGACCUUCGCCUGGGCCAAGGCUACGGGACAGCAGGAGGUGGCAUGUAUGGUGGUGACGGACUGUUCGGGAAUGGCCUUGCUGGAGGUCUGGAUUACAACGAGCUGGCUGUCCGGGUGUCCGAGAGCUUGCAACGUCAGGGCCUGCUGCAGGGCAUGGCCUACACCGUCCAGGGCCCACCGGGCCACCCUGGGCCUCAGGGGCCCCCCGGCAUCAGCAAGGUCUUCUCUGCCUACAGCAACGUGACUGAGGACCUCAUGGACUUCUUCCGAACUUAUGGAGCCAUUCCAGGACCCCCUGGGCAGAAGGGAGACAUGGGCUUUCCAGGACUCAAAGGUCAGAGGGGCCCCGCUGGGCCACCUGGCCAGCCUGGGCCACCCGGCCCUCGAGGGCACAAGGGAGAAAAAGGAGACAAAGGUGACCAAGUCUACGUCGGGCGGAGAAAGAGAAGCAUCGCCACCAGGCCAUGAGCCGCCCUUGGCGGACCAGCCCUGAGACCAGUUCUUCCCAUGGCUUAUGGUGCUCUUCGGUCACAACCUCUCUGAAGGGUGAAAGCUGGAGUCCCAAUAUCCUCCUGACAACAGCAUAGCUGAAUAAUCAACUAGAACACUUCCUGUAGUCUGAAACAAUAUAUGCACACAUAAAUAAUCCAAAGACACACGAUCGAGCAGCGUCUCAGGGCAGCCCUGAGCAGCUGCAGCACUGUGGCGUGAGACCGACUCCUCUGCUUUCUAGCCCAGAGCCCUGGGCUGCUUCAGCACUUAGUUCAAGCCUUAACCUAGUGAAGCCAGGUACAUAGAAGUUGGCUCGGGAGUCCACGAGCUUUGCCUAAAAAUGAGCUCAGAAAAAUGGCACAUGGGGUGGGAGAUGGGGGGGGGGGCACCUGCCUGGGGUUAACACUUGGUGGGGUAUGUGCCAGCUAAUGCUUUAAAGCUGUGCUAUAGGCUCCUUCCUCCCCUGUUCACUCCGCAUUCUCUAGGCACAGAAGAGUUGGCUAACAAGCAACUCUUGCAACGGAAAAGUUAGGAAAUUCACUUCCUCUGAAGGUGGCAACAGGGUUUCUUUCUAAUAGUUAUUUCUCUCUACAUAUCAUAGUCCCACUUGCUUAGAAAGUCUGUUUGACUGUCGCUAUGACCUGUAUCCACUGGACGGCAGCAAAUAGAAAAAAGGAGGGCAAGGGGCAUGGGAGAGGGGGACAGGGAAAUAGCAAUCCUGCUGCGGGGACAGAUGUCACCUCUGUUCUGCACUUAGGAAACGGCACCGGGUACUGGGCGCAGUUGGUUUUUAAAGCACUUUUCAAUGUCUAAAAACAUUAAUGUGGUCUAUUUGAUGGAAAGUCAUUUCAAAUGUAAAAUUUCCAAUUAAAGGAUUUUUUCCCUUUUUUAA